AAACACCUUAGUGAAAAGUACAAAACCCCAAUAUUAUCCAUUCCUCUUUCUCCGUCCUACUCCCAAACUCGGAUUACCGACAAUCUCCGCAAGAAUGGGGGAAGGAAAACAAGGCGUGCUAGUGGUGGUGGGUCACCAGAAUCCGGUCACACAAUUACAAGCCAAGUACAAGGAGUUGGAGACUGGAUUUAAGGAUUGGCUUGCCAAACAGUCCUUACCCGUUGAGGCCGUCGUCGUCACCGCCACCAGCUCCCUCCAGGGUGCCGCCAUCGGUGGCCUUAUGGCCACUUUCACCAACGACCUCUCCUCCUCUUUAGCCGCUCCUCCACCUCCAGGCGCCUCCUUCAAUCCACGAGCUAUGGCAUCCCUCCAGCAAGCCCAGGCUCUUUCAGGAGGACCUUUUAUACAGGCACGGAAUUUUGCUGUUAUGACUGGUGUUAAUGCAGGCAUAUCAUGUGUGCUGAAACGAAUAAGAGGCAAGGAGGAUGUGCAGUCAAGUAUGGUAGCGGCUUUUGGUUCUGGUGCUGUGUUCACAUUGGUUAGCGGGAUGGGAGGGGGAGGACCCAAUCUGGCUGUCAACGUGGUCUCGUCUGGUGUUCUUUUUGCACUCAUGCAGGGUGGUCUUUUCAAGCUAGGGGAGAAAUUCUCAAAGCCAGCAGUCGAAGAAGAUGUGAUGUACAGUAAAACUAGAGGCAUGCUGUCGCGUCUUGGGCUUAACAGUUACGAGAAAAACUUCAAAACCGGCUUCUUGACCGACACCACUUUGCCAUUGCUUACCGACAGUGCUCUGCGAGACGUGAAAAUCCCUCCUGGACCAAGACUUCUGAUUCUCGAUCAUAUCCAAAGGGAGGCUGAGCUGAAUAAUAAUAAAGGGAAAGGAGGUAGGAGGACAUAGUUGUUCCCUCCCCCACAAAAAAAAGCAUUCUCUGUUGUAAUGUGAGAGACAAUGACAGUUGAAUGUCAACCCGUCUUGUAUUUUCUUUUUUGGGAUCUGUUUUGAGUUUAGAAAUUCAUAGACUUUUGUUUAGUUAUGGGCUUCGUUUUUUACAUCUGAUUGUUGAUAGGUGCAAAAAUGUUUCUUAAAGCAUACAGACACAAACACAUACUUAU